AUGAUCAUACUGAUCGUAAAUCUCUCUCUUUACCCAUUCCAAAUCAUACCUGCUUCUGAUCCUCAUUAUGCUCUUGCAUACGAAUCGUCUCUUAAAGAUUUCGUCAAAUAUAUUUUUACAAUACCGCUAUUAGCGGACCGCAUUGAGACUUUGGAAAUUCUUUCUUCAAGAAUGCCAUUGUAUAAUAUCAUACCGGCAAUAGCCCGCAAUGAUUGGAAUGCUGAACAAGGAAAUCGUCUGAGAUUGUUUGAAGAACCACAAAUUGAUUUGGGCAUUUUAAAAUGGAUUUCCGUAUUAAUCGAUGAACAACAUUUAGAAUCUAUAUUGGCGUUUGCGAAACCUGGAAAUAUAAAGGUUUUACUCAAAAUUUCAUACUUUUUAACUACUUUGAUGAUUCGCUGGUCUUCAGAGAAAUCUGGCUUGUUAAGUAAAAUGGCGUACGGGAAGCUCUCCAUAUCAGAAAACAAAUUAUCAAUUAAUUUAUUAUGGGAAGUGUUCAAAAGUACAGAUCUUGCGCGACUGUUGUCAAAUAGUCAACCUUUAUCAAAUAGUUUCAUUACAGAUACCGCAUUUGUUGAACAGUGGGGAAUGUUUUACUUGCUUUGCGAGUUAUUUAGUCGAAUUUUACUUCCUAUGGAUGAUUACGAAUUCUUUGAUGGAAGCAAAAAUCCUCUAAAAUUACCAGAGAUUAUUGAAAUGUCUACCUAUUUGAAGAAUAUAGCUUUUAUUUUAUAUUGGAAUAGUCCCCAAUUAAAAAUAAACAACGUUAUCGAAGGUAGUUGCAUUAAACCUAUUUAUAUUCGAGAAGUUGCCACCAGGUUGUUAAAACAGAUCCAUGCAAGAGAUUCUCGCCGGCGGUUCACGCCAGAAAGUCACUGGCUAAUGACAUCUGAAUUUGAUAUGAGCACUUUUGCCAAAACUGUUGUCGCCGAAGAGCAGGAUCUUGAAAGGGAAAAUGAUAAAGUAAGUAUGGACAAGCGACAGGAAUCCGUUAGUCCGCGCCUUGGAGUCCUUCACAAUAUUCCUUUUGUGAUACCUUUUGAUGAACGUGUCAGAAUUUUUAGACAUUUUGUUCGUAAUGAUCGUGAUCGUCAUAAUCAUGCCAUAUUUGAACCUCGAACGCGUGUGACCAUUCACCGAAAUAAUAUAUUCGAAGAUGGAUUCAACCAACUUAACGCCAUGGGUUUCAGAUUGAAAAACCCUGUUGCUAUUCAAUUCAUUGAUGAAUUUGGAAUGCCGGAACCUGGAAUAGAUGGUGGUGGUUUAUUCAAGGAAUUUUUGACCUCAUUGACACGAAUAGCUUUUAAUACGGAGUAUGGGUUGUUCCUUAGCACAAAUGAACAACUUUUGUAUCCAAAUCCGCAUAGUUAUGCGCGUCUUGAAACGCAAUUACGUUACUAUGAGUUUCUUGGUCGUAUAUUAGGUAAAGCUUUAUACGAAGGAAUUCUAGUUGACGCAGCUUUCGCUGGUUUUUUCCUGAACAAAUGGUUGGGAGAGCGGUCGUAUUUGGAUGAUUUACCAUCUGUUGAUCCGGAAUUGUAUCAGGGUUUGGUUUAUUUGAAAAAUUAUAAAGGAGAUGUAGAGUCUGAUUUAUCAUUGAAUUUUACUGUAGUAGAUAAUGAAUUUGGAAAAUCACGGUCUAUUGAAUUAAUCCCCGGAGGCAGUGACAUUCCAGUCACCAAACGCAAUAGAAUUAAUUAUAUUUAUAAAAUGGUCAAUUACAGGUUAAAUGUUCAAAUAGGUUUGCAGUGCCAGGCAUUUUUUCGUGGUUUAAUAGAUUUAAUAGAGCCUAAAUGGUUGAAAAUGUUUAAUCAGCAAGAGUUACAAAUUCUUGUGGGAGGGGCGUACAUUCCUAUUAAUAUAGAAGAUUUACAACAAAACACUGUGUACGCUGAUUACAAAGAGGACGAUCCCGUCAUUAUCAGUUUUUGGAAAGUCGUAUCUGAAUUUUCCGAGGAACAAAAGCAAAAAUUAAUAAAAUUUGUUACAUCUUGUUCUCGACCUCCUCUUCUUGGUUUUAAAGAACUGAACCCAAAGUUUAGUAUACGUAGAGCUGGUACUGGUGCAAGGUUGCCAUCGUCAAGUACAUGUGUAAAUUUGCUUAAAUUACCAGCUUAUCCGGAUGAAAACACUCUGAGGCA